UAUUAAAAGAAAGAAAAUAAAAGUGACAUGGUCCGGUGAUGUCAUCCAGGCUCGCGGCCUACGUCAGACGUGAUGACGUAGCACCUGGUUCGGCUUCUCAACAGGACGUAUUUUUUUUUCUUUUUAUGUACUUCAAAAGUUAUUUCCCAAAAUGUCCAGUUGAAUAUCGUAAAUGUUAAUUUUCAUACGCUUAACGAGCUAGCUGCUAGCAUUUAGUCUUUUGGAGACCUAAACUAUUACGCGUGACGUUACGUCGCUUUGAACGUUUGGUGGCGCCACAGAGGUUGUUAGCUUGGUGUUGCAAGCUGGUUGCUAACCACCAUUGAAACAAAUGCCUGCAACUUAACUUUAUGUACCAAACUAAUAAGACUAUAUGGUCAGUACUCUGUCACCGGAAAACAUUAAUAAGCCCAUAUGGAGGCGUGUUGGAGCUCCUUGCUAAAUUCGGACCUCAGCUCCGUUUUGUUGGCGUGCGAGCCAGAGCUCCAGGAGCUGAUGCGGCAGGUCGACAUCAUGAUGAGCCAGCAGAGAAGCGAGUGGGAGGCGCAGGUGCGGAACCUCAAGCUGCGGCUGAAGGGCUGCCAGGAGGAAAUUUCCGCCUCCAGGGUGGUCAUCCAGCGCAAGGACCUGGAGAUUGGAGUUCUCCGUAAGCAGGUGGAGGACGUCCAAGUUGGACGACAGGACCUGGCUACCAAGUACGAAAAGCAGCUCGGAAAAGUCAGCGAGGAGUUGGACAAGUUGAAGAGGAGUUAUCAGAAGCUUGAGCGUAGACAUGUGAAGAAGGCCAUCACUGAGGAAUGCAAAUCCAAAGAGGAGUACAUGUCUGAAGUCAGGAUUCUUCAGGCCCAGGUUGAGGCACAGAGUGCAUCGGAGCGCAAACACGCCGACUGCUGCGCCGACGUUAAGCGAAUGCGCGCUCAGCUGGAAAAAGUUCACCAUGAGCUGCACACGCAGGAAGUGGAACUGGAACGCUUCCGAGCCCUGGAGAACGCGAGGCUGGGACGUGACCGCAGGGAGCAACACGACAAAACGGAGGAGGUUGAAAGGCUUCACAAUGACGUCAGCACACUCAAAAACAUGGUGCACGACAAAGAGCAAGCGAGACACUCAUUGGAGGAGUGUUUGGUGUCGCAUGAUUUUGCCGGUGUGGAGAAGCUUCGUGACGAUCUGCAGACGAGGUCCGCAGAGCUUGACCGCGCUCGGGCGAGUGAGGCUCACCUCAAAGGGCAAGUGAUGCAACUCAAACAGAGACUGGAAGAGAUGAGCGCCCAGCAUGUGAAGGCGCAACAAGAAGCCAGGGUGCUAAAAGACGCAUUUGAUACCUCAGUAGAAGAAGUGAAAAUGCUGCAAAAGGAGCUGUCUAGGGCGGAGCUGCAGCACAGCGGAGAAGUGGAUUUCAUGAGGAAGAAGGCCGAGGCGUCUUCCGCAGCAUCGCUGGCCUCCCCCACGGAAAGCUGCGUGACGGAGCAGGACCGGUCGCAGCUGAGGCCGGAGGUCGCGCAGACGCCACGCCCGCCCACGUGGGCCGCGGGCGGACACAGGCCGGCCUUGCACGGACAGGCUGCGGGCGACCAUUCGAAGACCGCUGCGGAAAGCGGUGUCGAUGAGGGGACAUCCUAUGACGGCGACAUCCAGCGUCUGUUCACGCAGCUUCGCUCGUCGGGCUCUCAGCAGCCGCCCAGUGACAGCACGCUCUCCGGUGGGAAGUCUACACUGACCAAGGCCGCUCCUGAGGGACGUUGCUCCGUCUCACCCUCCCCACCGGAUGUUUGGGCGGCGUCUUCUCAGGUGGACGCCACCGUGUCGCACUACCUGGAGAAGGAGACGCUUCACUCCAAGGAGCUUCUGCACAAGCUGGACAUGCACAUCCUCGGCAUGGGCGACAGCAACGCCGCCAGCAUAGCCAAGCGCCUCAACACCAAGACGUCGUGAAGGUGGAACAAAAUCUUACCGUCGUUUUCUUUUUUAACUCUUUGCACAUUAAACAUGUCUCAGAAGUCACUAGAGUUCCGCCACCAUCUCAUUUUUUGGAACCGUCUUUCGGACAAAUGUCAAAGUUAACCGCAGUGAUGAGUGUGAAGUUGGAAUUAAAAAGGAAAAGAUUGAAUGAGUAGAAGAAAGUUGA